AUGGCAAGGAGUCAGCUCUUGGCCAGGACGGGGAGGAAGAGCCUUCCAGACAGAAGGGACAGGAAGUGCAAAGGCCCUGAGGCAGCAACAGAAAAGGUCAUUUUGAGUAACAAGAAGGAGGAGGCUACCAUGGACAGUGGAGCUGGUCGCCUCUCAUUCUGUACGAAGGUAUGCUACGGCAUUGGAGGGGUCCCCAACCAGGUGGCCUCCAGCGCCAUAGCCUUUUACCUGCAACUGUUCCUGCUCGAUGUGGCACAGAUCCCUGCUGCCCAGGUGUCACUUGUCCUGUUUGGAGGGAAGGUGUCUGGAGCAGCUGCCGACCCUUUGGCUGGGUUCUUCAUCAACAGAAGCAGGAGGACAGGGUCUGGACGACUCAUGCCCUGGGUGCUGGGCUGCACGCCGUUCAUUGCCUUGGCCUCCUUCUUCCUGUGGUUCCUGCCCCCCUUCACCAGCCUGCGCGGCCUCUGGUACACCGCCCUCUACUGCCUGUUCCAGGCCCUGGCCACGUUCUUCCAGGUGCCCUACACGGCACUGACCAUGCUCUUGACAUCCAGCCCCAGGGAGCGGGACUCGGCCACCGUGUACCGGAUGACCUUGGAGAUGGCAGGGACGCUGAUGGGAGCCACUGUCCACGGACUCAUCGUGUCUGGUGCCCACGGGUCCCACAGGUGCAAGGAGACUGUGCUCCCAGGACAAGUGGCCGUCUCCCCCAACGCGACUCGUCUCUACUCCAUUGCAGCCACUGUGAUUGCUGUGACUUACCCCGUGUGCAGUAGUUUGCUCUGCCUGGGGGUGAAGGAGCGACCAGAUGCCUCUGCCCGAGCCUCUGGCCAGGGCCUGAGCUUCCUGUCUGGGCUGCGUCUCACAGUCCGGCACCCGCCCUACCUGAAUCUGGUCAUCUCCUUCCUGUUCAUCUCUGCAGCCGUUCAGGUGGAGCAGAGCUACCUGGUCCUGUUCUGUGCACACGCCUCCCGGCUACAUGACCAUGUGCAGAGCCUGGUGCUAACCAUCCUGGUCUCGGCAGUGCUGAGCACCCCGAUGUGGGAGUGGGUUCUGCAGCGAUUUGGGAAGAGGAUGUCGGCCUUCGGGAUCUUUGGGAUGGUGCCAUUUGCAAUCCUGUUGGCUGCUGUGCCCACAGCCCCCGUAGCGUACGUCGUGGCUUUGGUGUCUGGCGUGAGCAUCGCUGUGUCCUUGCUGCUACCCUGGUCCAUGCUUCCAGAUGUGGUGGAUGAAUUCCAGCUGCAGCACCAGCACGGCCCAGGGCUGGAGACCAUCUUCUACUCAUCCUAUGUCUUCUUCACCAAGCUUUCAGGUGCAGGCGCCCUGGGCAUCUCCACUCUCAGCCUGGACUUUGCGGGGUAUGAGUCAGGAGCCUGCAAGCAGGCGGAGCAGGUAGUGGUGACCCUCAAAGUCCUCAUCGGUGCCGUGCCCGCCUGCAUGAUCCUCAUCGGCCUGUGCAUCCUCAUGGUCGGUCCCACUCCAAAGGUGCCAAGUCGGAACAGCUCCCGCUCCCUUGGGAGGAGGACCAGCUACAGCCUCGCUUGAAUUUGGGACUCCUGUGAGCUGGAACGGCAGGAGCAGCGUCUUCUGGGCUCCAAGUCCCCCUUUCUUCUCAGCCCUUCGGCACCCCUGCUUCACAGUUUACACACGACCCGUCUUUUCGCCUGGGAUAUGGUGUCUUCGGUGACUCUCCUGAAGGGAGUGGCCUGGGCUCCAGGACCCCCGCCUGUCAUGUCUUGCCUGGUGACUGCAGGACAUCUCAGAUAGGCCUGUGCCCCUGACUACCCAGCUCCAGGCAACCUGUGACCGGGAAAGCAUACCAGUAGCAACUAUUCCUGGAAAAAGGAAGCCCCUACCAGCCUGGUCUGCAGACUUCCUGUGGGAGCACCAGGCCCACCAACCUGCUUGGACGGCAAAGCUACCUCACAGGACAGACACACAGAACUCGUUUCCCCUGAUGUUCCACUGGAUGUCUGAGAGAGGCUGACAGCACGUGAGUGGGCAGAGUGGGGACAGGUGGACAUGCUGGGAUGUCCAAUUAGGAGAGAGACAGAUGCAGCGAGGCCAGCAGACCCCAGAGGGAGCGAUGGGGCCAGUGGUGGGGAUAGACUGAGCAGGGCAUGAGGUGUUUCUUUCCCUUUGUACAGCUAAGUUGAUGACACUGUUUCUAGAAGUGGACACUGACUGAUAUUGAGCCACCAAAGAUCCAUCAUUUUUAUGAACAAAAGUUAUUUUUGUGGAAAUAUUUUUCUGAAAGUUUAUCUUUUUUUUUUUUCUGGCUGUGCCUCACCACAUGCGGGAUCUUAGUUCCCUGACCAGGGAUGGAACCCGUGCCCCCUGCAGUGGAAGUGCGGAGUCUUAACCACUGGAUGGCCAGGGAAGUCCCCUGAAAGUUUAUCUUAUAAAAGCACAGGAAGCACUGUUUUCCAGAGGCCAUGUCUUUGGGGAAGAAAGAUCCACUGAGAUUUAUUUUUGCAGAAACA